AUGGGGAGAAAGAGGGGAGCGGCAAUCCUGGGUGCUGCUGACAGGAGACCAAAAGCUAACAGCGACCAGUGCUGGGCCACCAUCCCACAGCGCGGUGCCCAGCGGGACCCCACAGAGCGGACGGGGACAUUGGCGGCCUCCCGACGUCAAAGGCUCAACACGCGACCAGAGCUCCUUCCCCGCUCCGGAGAGCCAGGGCUGCGCCUGUCGGCCACCCUCAGAAGGACCCACCGAGGAAUGCGGAGCCACCUCAGCCCGUGCACCGGUCUGCGGGACUAUGGGCGGUCCCCUCGCCUCGGGGAAGGAGGAGCCGCCCCGGACCCAGCCGCCCCCUUCCCGCUCUCCUGCAGGGGGAGUGGCGGCCGCCCGAGUCUCGCGAGAGCCGGCGCUGCCGCCGCCGCCAUGGAGCCGCCGGUGCGCGGCCCGCCCGGGCUGUCGGCCGUGCUGGCGAGCACGGACUGGUCCGAGCCCUGGCUGCUGGGGCUGGCGGCCUUCCACCUGCUCUGCUUCCUCCUGACGUGCGUGUCCCUGCAGCACCGCCGGGUGCAGGUCGGGCACUUCCUCUGCAUGGUGGUCUUAGUGUACUGUGCUGAAUAUAUCAAUGAAUUAGCAGCUAUGAAUUGGAGACUCUUUUCUAAAUACCAAUACUUUGAUUCCAGAGGAAUGUUUAUUUCACUUGUAUUUUCAGCGCCACUGCUGGUGAAUACUAUUAUAAUUGUGGUUACCUGGGUUUACAGAACUUUGAAUGUAAUGACUGAACUAAAGAUGCUACAGCAGAGAAGGAAAGUAGAGAAAGAGAAAAAGAAAUGAAAGUGCCAAACUUUUUCUUUCUUCAGUUGUAAUAAAGCCUGUCUGGGUAAUCAGUCCUUCUGUAUGGGUAUGCAGGAACAGAAGUAUUUUUGUGUCUGGUGUCAACAGGACUUUGUAAUUGUGGCUGUGGGCAUUGAGGUGAAAGCGGGUAUCUACAGUACAUUUGAAUUGGCUGUGAAAUUAUGAAACCAGUCUUAACAAGUCUUUGUGCCCUUCAGUGUAUGAUUGUUUUCCUCCAUGACCAAGGCUGGUAGUAUUGAUGAGACACAAUCUUCCAGUUUCCAUUUGUCUUUGUAUUUUUUUACUAUGUCUUUAUUCUGUGCUUAUCAAGUAUCAGUUUUUCUGCUGCUUAAGCCAGUUGGGUCUGUGUUGCGAAUUACAGCAAAUGAGAGAUUUUAUUCAGAAUAACUCAGGAAUCCAUGCUUCUGUGAAGCACUUCACUUCUUUGUAAAUCAAGUUUCAUACUUCCUAUGUAUACUAUGUGCCAGUGGCAUUUUAUAAAUAAAACUAUCCACUCACUGUA